AUGGCCUCACAGCUUCUGCGGCACCGGAUGUAUGAAAAUUCCUCUGGCCCGGGUCAGAUAGCUUGCAAUGAAACAGGUGAGUUUGGCAGUGCAGCUAGCACCUACGACCUUCAGGCGCUAAUGGCUGGAAUCGUUGCUGGCGAUUGUUUAUCCGCCCAGGUAGACAAUGGCGUGGGAGUUGGUGGUAGUGGCCCUGGAGGCGAAGAAGCUCUCGCAUAUGGUGCGUUUAGUCUAUGUACCUCCUCGCCGGAUAGACCAAACCCGGCCCAUAGGCCUCAGAACUUUUUUUCUCUUGGUCCAGGCUCGCUUCCAUCAUUGCCUACCACUGCGACGUCAAGCGGGCUGGAUGAUACCCUCUACCCUCCCCUUGAACUGUUGUACCGUCGUCAAAGACACGCUUCCAAUGGAUCCUCUUCACCAUCACCACCGCCUUCUACCUCGAUGAUCUCAGAGGAGCCCCAAUUAGACUCCAGCCUUCCAAUGUCUUUUGGAGUGGCGAAGUCAGUUAUGCUGGCGACGACAGCUGCAUCAGUGGUCAGUUCUGCAUCGUCAAGCUCGAAUCAGGAAAAUAAUUUGGCGACAGGUGACAUGUUUACUACCUGUCCAUCUACCAGUCCUGCAAGUAUUGGACAACCUAGAGACGUGUAUUCGGCAAAUUCCAUAAAUCAAAGUCAAUCAUCCCGGUGUCCUGCAGGUUCCGGUGUAAGUGGAAUCAAGAGGUCCGGAACAAGAAGAUACUUAAACCAUUCAUCAUCUCCACCCCAGACUGUCGCCACACACUUAGGCGCCCAUUGUCUUGACUCCCUUUCUCAUAAUCAACAGCAAAAGAUAUUCCAGAACCCCCUUCAGGCCAUCAAUGCACUUCAAAUGUUGCAAAAUAUAAUCGCCGUCGCCCAACCCGGAGGCAGUCUGCCCGUCCCGGCGGCUGCUGCUGCUGCAGUAGCAGCAACCGCGACUCGUCUUAACCACUGCUUGCCACUUAACUCUUUUGCGCCUGGUCCAGGCGACCUCUCGGGUUCUCGUCAGGAUUCGAACCAGUUGGAAUCCACAAUUUCCCCCUCCUCAUCCAGCCCCUCAAUUACCACCAGUAAUUUGCCAGCUGACUCCAUAACGUCAUGGGCAAAUAAUGGCCUAGUUUCAGGGUCUAGACUAAUGGGGCAAGACGAAAAAACCAACCCUGGACUCCACGUAGCAUUGACCCCUAUCGGAAUCCCGACCCGCGCUGUGGAGGCUAUGACGACUAAGCAGAAUAACUUAGAUGAGGCUCUACUGCAAACAGGGGGUCCUAACGUUGCGGCGGUAGCGGCAAUGAUGAUGACGAUGAUGAUGUCUUCAUCAGCUCCUGGGCUUGUGACAGGGAAUGCAUUUUCUGCCAUAUCCACCCACAAUACGGCAGAGACAAGAGCACCGACUAUCUCUAGUGACAGCAGUACCUGCAAGACACCAAAUUCCGGAUCAUUUUUGCCUGACUGUGGAACCGUGAUAUCACAUGGCGGGUUGGGCUCUUCUACUUCGCCAAUUGGCCUUCCAAGCUUAGGUGCUGGAUCCUCUUGUCUUCCAAUGAUGAUUAAUACUUUUUUAAGAGGGAACUCGAAACCCCAGAGUUACUCGUUCGGAUUCGAUUCGGCUCAAGCAGAUACCAUACGAAUUGGGGCUCCCGGACUGUUUACAAGUCGGUCAAGUGACGAAUCUGCGCCGGUACUAAACGGUGGCUUGACUUCGUCCGUUACAUCU